AUUUUACUUCGCCUAUAGUUAGUGCAAAUGCCACGGCUCUCACCCCCGGCUAUCCGGCGCUUACACGCCAACUCGCCGCUUCUCGCCGCUCUACUCCCUACUUGUAAAAACCUGAACUCGGCGCACAACGAGCUGCGCUGGAUCCGCGAGCACGUGUGGUCUUCCAACAUCGCGCCGCAGUUUCAGAACAUCUCAGAGGCAAAAGGCAACGACGAGAAGAGCAAAAAUGCGCUGUUACACCGUCUAUGCCUCCUCAGGGGCCGCGGAUAUCCGCUGCAGUAUAUCCUGGGGACCCAGCCUUUCGGCCACCAGCUCGAGAUCAAGUGCCGUCCCGGGGUGUUGAUCCCGCGCCCCGAGACGGAGGCUUGGACUACGCAUCUCGCGAAUAUUGUGUGUAAGACCUGGAAAGCGAAGAAAACUAAGAAGGAGAAUGAGAUGAAUGCGAAUCUGAGAAUCCUCGAUCUGUGCACCGGAUCUGGUUGCAUUGCGCUACUACUAUACUCCAUCUUAAGCCGGAAGUUUCCCAAGAUGCGUGUCCAGGGGCUUGAUAUUGAACCUAGGGCCGUCUCGCUGGCGAAGGAGAACCUCGCGUAUAAUAUAGAACGCGGCUCGCUUCGACAAAGGAAUGCCAACGCUGUCUCGUUCGAGGAGACGAAUAUAUUCUCUACGGACUGGCUCGUGCCUGUCCUCGAGCAAACUGGUCUUAUUAAUAAGCUACAGUUUAAAGAAUUAGCAUCGGAGAGAGGUGCCGUAGAUAUACUCGUCUCCAACCCGCCGUAUAUAUCGCAAGAGGAUUUCGACCGCGACACGGAACGUUCGGUGCGCAACCACGAACCCCGUCUCGCUUUGGUCCCUGAGCCGUCAGCAGAUAAUUCACUCUAUGCGACUGUCCUGCCCCAAGAUGUGUUUUACGCUAGGAUUCUAGAUGUUGCAAAGAUACUCCAGCCGCGGUUGGUGGUGCUUGAAGUGGGCGGCUUGGCGCAGGCUGUCCGCGUGGCGCGGAUGGCGCUUGAACGUUGGGGCGGCGUAGAAGAGGCCGAGAUAUGGAGGGAUUGGCCUGAUAUGCAACCGCGUGAAGACGAGCCGGGGAGCGUGGACGUCGCCGGUAUGACUGUGCCGGUCAGGGGUAGUGGGAAUGGAAGGGUUGUGUUUCUUCGUUGACUUGAUAUACCCGAACUCGUAAAUGCAUAAAUGGAAUGGCAGUGUGACACUAACGCCCUGGAUAUGUUAGGUGCCUAGGUAAGUAAGUAUUCAAUAUUUGAGAAAAUAUGAUAUGUGUUAUAUACACGAAAGCGAUAUUUACAGCUAAUAGUAUACAGCCAGCCAACUACCUUAUAUAUACGAACAUUACUCCAUCCCC